UUUUUUUUCUUUUAUCUUUGUACAAGUAAAAAAAAUGUCUACUACAGAUUGUUGUUUAAUUUUAAUCACGCUUUUAUGUCCACCUGUGGGUGUCUUCAUGAUGUUUGGUUGUGGAACCGAACUGUGUAUCAACCUCUGUUUAACUUGUCUCGGUUACAUUCCAGGUCAUAUCCAUGCAUUCUACUUGAUGUUUACUCGAAAUCCUCGUAAUGGUGGAGCCUAUCGAUCCCCGUAUUAACGGACAUUUAAAUUUCACGACAAACAAUAAAAAAAAAAAAUUUAUGCGCACAGACCUAAAAAUAAAAGUGAUUUUUUCAUUAAGAUU